GCGGGUUGGGAUGGACCAAUAACUAAAGCUUUUACUGGGAGGCUACGGCAGGCGGGUGACUGCUGGUUAGUUUGUGCUCGAGAUUAUUGUUAAGGUUGUAUGGAGUAACACUGCGGGUCUCAGUCCUUUUUCAAAACAUAGGCAAGAUCAGCUAUAUCAUGUAAAUAGCAUUGGAGAACUAUCCUGUGCAAUUGUGCACAUGCAAACCCCUCAUCAGUCGUUCCGACGCAUCGGAAAUGUAGACGGACGGAGGGUAAAUUUUACUCGAGAAGGCCGGUUUACAGUUGGACCCAAUCCGCUGGUUUCAUGCAGUAAUCCACUGAUUACCGACUUGAGUUUGUUUCUGGAGGUGAGGUUUAUCGCCAAACAUCUUCUGAUGAAGACUGUGGCAGCCACACAUGAAGAACAUACCUGAGUCCUAGCUUGGGAUGGUCCACCAGGAAUGAACCGAAUGAUGAGAAAGAUGGAACCUGAUUGUAAAAAUUAACAGGUACCCUUUGCACGCGUGUAACCCUUGGCCUCAUGAAGAUGGCCAAUUCGGUGGCCACUCUAGUGGUCCAGACGGAACUCCUCCCGACUCAGUCGUCAUCGUCGCUGUCUCCGUUUCCCUCUCUGCUCGCUCGCGGCGAAGAUGUGGAGGAGGACGGUGAGAGAUCAGAGGAGAAGACGGCCAGUGAGGUGGUGCUCACUGGUAUGGAGAUGGUGACGUCAACUUCGUCUCCAGUGACGUCUGCACCCCCGAAUCCUGAACACCCAUUUCAGUGCCUGGAUUGUGGAAAGAGCUUCAAAUGGUCAUCCAGACUAGCCCACCAUCAGCGCAGCCACAACAACGAGAGGCCCUACCGCUGCAACCUCUGCCCAAAGGCCUUCAAGGGUUCCUCUGCGCUGCUCUACCACCAAAGGUCACACUCUGGUGAGAAGCCUUAUAAGUGUGAAGACUGUGGCAAAGCCUUCAAACGCUCUUCCCUGCUCCAGGUUCACCGCAGCGUUCACACAGGACUCCGUACCUUCCAGUGCCCCUACUGCCCCCUCACCUUCAAAUGGAGCUCCCACUACCAGUACCACCUGCGCCAGCACACUGGCGAGUGCCCCUACCCUUGUGACAGCUGCCCCAAGGCCUUCAAAAACUCCAGUAGCCUGCGUAGACACAAGAAUGUGCAUCUGGGUCUCAAACCUUACGUCUGCGCCGUGUGCACCAAAGCCUUCACACAGUCCACCAACCUGCGGCAGCACAUGCGCAUACACACUGGUGAGCGGCCCUACGUCUGCAACAAAUGCGGCCGCAGCUUCACACACUCGUCCAAUCUGGCGCUGCAUCGCAACUCGCAUCUCGAUGACAAGAGCAAGACUGGAGGAGCUGAGGGAAAGGAGGUGGCCUUGGAGGGGACUGCGGGGGCUGUAGUACAGGGGACUACAGCCACAGAGGAGUUGAGUGCUGUGGGGGUCGGGAUCCAAGACAUGGUGGGCUUUGUGAGUCAGCAAGCUGGGCUAGGCGUUGGUGAAGUGUACCUCACCCAUCACACCUCAUCGGGUUCUACUACCCAGACCAUGCUGACGCUGACGCCCACCACGGUGGCGUCGGCUGUGGAGCACGUGCACAUGACCACAGACACAGGUGCCAGUGUGCUGCUUUACAGUUGUGGCAGCUGCAACCAGACCUUCACCUCACAGGGGGACCUAGAGGAGCACCAGACCCUCCACCUGGGGUCCCUGGGGCCUGGAUCUACAGUAGGGCCAGGGAACGGAGAAGCAUCGGGGGCCGAGGCAGCCAACGUCGGCCUGGUCGGGGCUGGACCCCUCUUGGCAGAUUUUGAGGAGGUGGUGGAGACAACCACGGCUGCAGAGACUGGGCAGGGAGGAGUUGGUGGACAAAAUGGUCAGGCAGAGUAUGAUCUCCUCCAGGGCUUCACUACGGUACCACAGUUGCCCUCUGAUGCCAGUGUACCCACAGACACAACAGGGGGAGCUGCAACUGUCUCCAAUGUCUGCACCUACUGCGGGAAAAGCUUCAAGACCAGCAGUGGGCUAACCAGGCAUGUGACACAGACCCACUCUCGCUCUCAGUUCAACUGCUCUGCGUGCGACCGCUCCUUCCCUCUCCUCUCCUCCCUCUUGACCCACCAGUACUCACACACGCCAGAGCAGCGCCUCCUGGCUGAGGCCGAGGCCGAAAUUGUCUGCCCCCCUUCUCUCUCCCUGCCCCUGCCGUCCUCCCCCACCGCCAAAGGAAGGGAGGGUGAGGAAGGGGAGAGAGAGAUCCACGUCAGCCUCAUCGCUGUCACGGAGGAGGACUCGGCUAAGCCUGCGACGAGAGGGGCGGGGAAAGGAGGCCGGAGAGGGGGAAUCAGCAAGACCGUUGGCAACGGUGAUCGUCCAUACCGCUGCUCAGAAUGCGGGAAGUCCUUUAAGGGCUCCUCUGGUCUUCGCUACCACAUGCGUGACCACACGGGAGAGAGGCCCUACCGCUGCACUGAAUGUGGAAAGAGCUUCAAGAGGUCCUCGCUGCUCUCCAUCCAUCAGAGAGUCCAUACUGGUGUGCGUGCCUUCCAGUGCCCCUACUGCCCCCUCACCUUCAAAUGGAGCUCCCACUACCAGUACCACCUGCGCCAGCAUACUGGGGAGCGGCCCUAUGUGUGCCAGGAAUGCGGCAAGUCCUUCAAGAACACCAGCUGCCUGCGGCGCCACAGCCAGCUGCACUCGGGCCUGAGGCCGCACUCCUGCACCGUCUGCGGCAAGGCCUUCUCACAGACGUCCAACCUGAAGCAGCACGAGCGAACACACUCAGGUGAGAGGCCCUUUCAGUGCGGCCAGUGCCACAAGAGCUUCACGCACUCGUCCAACCUGCAGCUGCACUUGCGCACGCACUCCUCGCGCAAGGAUUUCAAGUGCCCGCACUGCGGCAAGGAGUUUGUCAUGCACUCCUACCUGCAGAGGCACCUCAGGACCCAUGCGAGUGGUGGCGUAGGAGGAGUUGCUAAGGAGGGGGCAAAGGUCACCAAGGGAGGAGGUGCCAGCGGGACUAUGGGAGGCCCACCCCAGACCUUGAGUCUGAGCAUGAACACCCCGGGAGGCCUCAGUUCUCUGUUCCCGGACAGCUCAGGGAACUCCACGCUGCUGCUCUCGCCAUCGAACUUGGACAUCCCUCUCAACACCUCGCAAAAUUACUUCAUGAUCCAGACGCCUUCAGGGCUGCAGCUCAUCCCUCUUUCUAACCCUACGCCCACACAGCCUCCACCUCCUCCUCCACCCCCACCUCCUCCACAGCCACAAUCCCAGAACUAUCUGCUUCUGCAGUGCCAGGGAACAAACGGAAGCCAACCCAGCCUCAUCCUCGUCCCCACAUCAUCUAAUCCUGUAUCCGCAGAGCCACAGCCUCUUCCUGUGGUGCAGACCAUCCCAGCGCUGCAGUCGGUUCUGGGGCAAGCCCAAACCCAGAUCACCCAGUUUCAGACUGUUCAGACCCAACCUCGCUACAUCGUAACCAACACCAACAGCACCAACACCCAGGUUGUCACGACUGCACCCUGCAACUCCACUCUAACAAGGCCCAUUUUGGGGAAGCUCACCAGCACCAAAACUGGCAGGAGUAGAAGGGGUCGAAAACCCAAAGCCGCAUCCCAGAAACCCGGUCUGGCAGCUCCCACAGUCUCUCAGUCAGCAGCUGUGUCAGCAGCCGUCACCAAGCUCAGUACUACUGUUAGCACGCCGAUAGCCAGCAGCAUGUUGUCUCAGCCACCAGCUUGUGCCAAUCAGGCUGCCCCUACCAGCACCUCUGCCCCCAUAGUGGUGAAGGUCGAACCCAAAAUGCAACCUGAACAUUCGAUGACCCUGGGUGGUCACCUCUCAGAGCCCUCUGCUGCUUGGACAGACCAGACUACACCUGCAGAAGACAAGUCUUCAGAUCCGUUGCCAGAGGAGAGGUUCGUCCUGUGCUUCGAAAAGGACGGAAAGAAGGAGGAGAGGGAAAUAGGUGUGGAUGCAGGUGGGGAUGGGGGACGGUCCUACGUGUUACAGUUUGAAGGUGGGGCAGAGCGCGACGGAGGCGAGCGUGAGGGUGGAGGGAGACGGGAGGAGUCAUACGUGCUCCACUUCCAGGCAGAUGGAGAGAGGGAGGGAGACGGAGGAAAGGAGCAGGAUGGGAUGGUGUCCUUAAACUUCCAGGAUUGGGGAUCAGAGAGGCAAGCCGAGAGAACAUCUGGCUUAGAGGAAGGUGUCGAAGGGGAGGGUGAGUCAUUCAUCCUCCAUUUCCAAGCCGCUGACGCCCACGAAGAAGGGGCACAGCCAGGUGCAGGAUACCCUGAAGCCCAGGGCAAUGGCUUAGGUCUUUCCUGUCCACCUGCUCAGGCCUUGGUUCCACUUGGUGGGCAGGAGAUGGUCUUUCAGUUGGAGGAUGAGGCCAAAAUGGUAGGAGGUUCAGGGUCCGGAGACAAUGUCCAGAUGAUUGCACUGAUUGAGGGAGAGGGGGCCAGUUCUAGACAGGGUGGUGCUUUCGGCCCAGUUGAGGGGACCGUGGGGGAAAGCAGGGAACAGAUGGAGGGGAUCUUUCAGUUGGAGGGAGGGGAGGGCAUCGUCAUUAUCGAAGUGAGCACGAGCAGUCUCAGAGAGGGAGGGAUGGAGGAAGGAGGAGGAGGGGUGACAUUAGAAAGGAUCGACGGAAAAGAAAUGAGUGAUAUUCGGGAGGUUACGGUCGGGGUCAUGUCGGAGGCUGAGGGCCACGGACAGAAAAAUGCGGAUAAUGAGGACUAAACGGCGGCCAAGAGCAGCACUAUCAGGAGUGAUGACUGAACUCUGGAUUUUUUUGUUAAAUCCCUAAACCUUCUUUCAUAUCUAACAAGUAUGCCUUAUAGCUUGGAUCACACCUCUCUCUUUCUUUAUGACUCGCACACAACAAAUUCAGACUGCACAAAGUAGUUAGUGUGUGUCAGCAGGGUAUUUACUGGUGUGAAAAAGUGACUGGGGCUCACUUGGAACCUUGGGGCAGCUCUUGCACACACAGAAGUGGAAAUCACCUCUGUGGAAUAAAACUCUUACCAACACAAAUGAAGGAAAUGCUUGGUGCUUGCUUGCAUUGAGUGGAUGCUGUGAAGACAGCAGAUGAGAUAAAGACAAUUGGUUUGAGGAAAUGCGGCAAGUUUUAAUUAUGCUGUCAUGUUGACAGUGUGUAUAAAAUAACCAUGAAUUUUGUGAAUAUGUCUCUUAAAUUUGCUUGUUUCACCAUAAAUAUUGAUACUAGAACAUAGUAAUGUAAUAAAUUAUACAGUUGAUAAAA